AUGUCCAGAAAGAAGCCAUCAACGGAGCAAUCGAAUCGAGUUAAACGUCGCAACGCACGUAAAAUUCGACUUCAAAUCUCGAAACAACGCCAGAAGACAUCACGUCAACGUCGCGCUUCCGCUGCUCAACGUCGUUCAUCCCAAGCACGUCGCCUAACAGUCGAUCUGAUGGACCCGUCCGCAAGUGGUCCUUCAACUCAGAUCAAAUCGGAUCAGGAGCAGACGAAUGAGUCGAAUCGGUGCAUUUCUUUUCCAGUAUUGGAAGCAGUGCAAUCAGCCCCAGAAAGUAGUGACAACGAGGCAAUAUCAACCGGGCAAACAACCACUUCUACAUCAUCAUCAGUUUGGAGAUUCAAACAUGAACCCGAGAUACGAGUCAAAACUGAAAACGACCGCCUGUUGACAGUGCAGGACGAAAAUACUGAAAUGCUUAGUUGUGAGCCUCUAUCGAGCAGCAUGUCAAAUGAGUCGAUCAGUUCACUUUUACGUUCGCUAUCUGGCAUGAGUGUGGCCAGUGGUGCACCAACUUCCGAGCAAACACAGACGAAUGAUGGCAAUAGAGUAGAACCACAAAUCGAAUAUGAUACAACCGAGGAGCAUGACCCCGGCACACAAGCAACAGAUCAUGCAGUCGUGACAAGGCCGGCGGAGGAAGUAAAGUGUGCGACGGAAUCAGCUAAAAAACCGUUGAUUCAAGAACCAGUACAAGACGAAAGCAAUGAGCGACCACCGAAGGAUAUAUUCGACACUGACAUUUGUCUGACAGCCGUGAGUUUGACACCAAUGACAGAUCAACAACGAAGCUUAACGAUUUCGUCAGCAGAUUUAUACGGCGAUAUUGUGAGACGAAUGGAUCGAAUUGCCGAGACUGUUAGCUCAAAACCGUUGCAAAUCAAACAGAUUCUGCAGAUCCAUUCGCGUAGUUCAGCUGCAGAAAUCUACAUUUCUGAACAUUUCAAUAUGAUUUCUGUUUGUUCGUCAUUUGACUAUGUAUUUUUGGUCGCAUGA